AUGCCAGAUAAAUAUGAUGCAUUAUUCUCUGAUGAGAAUUUACCAUCCUCCACCCACCAGACACAAGAUAUACCAACCUCUGGUCCUUCCCAAAAAGGGCCAGUUGUAAAAUCUGAUCUAAACACAACCUCUGGUCCUUCCCAAAAAGGGCCAGUUGUAAUAUCUUCACCAACAAGGGUACUGAGGUCUUCUAAAUCUCCAUCCAAACAGCCAUCUCCUCCACCUAGGAAGAGAAGAUUUCUGCAGAGAUUAUCAGACUCUGACCCUGAGCCAGAACCAGUUCCUCUAAUCUCAAGGCCCAGGAAGAAGAUCAAGCCCACCUCCACAAUUACUGAUCUUACUGUGGACCCUCCUCAGGAAUCCACAGUCAAUCCUCUUGAGAUGGUCACAGUUUCUGAUCCUCUUAUGGUAGAACCUCUAUCUGCAGUACCCCUAUCUACUACAUCAGAAGCUGACAUUCCAAUGACAGAGCACAUUCCUCAGUCAGAGGAUCUUGUGCCACACUCACCAGCAGAUGAUAUAACUCUCUCAGAACAUACUCCAGAAGCACAUGUCUCUACUCCAGAAGCAAUUGUAACUACUCCAGACAUUGCUCAAGAAAUUCUGACCCCUGUUGAAAAUUUAGUUGCAGCUCCUGAUCAGGAGAUAUUAUCUGCUGCAAAUUCUGAGGAAGCUACAGCUCCUCUGUGUUCACAGACACUCAGUAUUGCAGUUGAUGAUGAUGAUGAUACAGAUACUACAGAGGUCACUUCUGUUCAUCCUAUUGACUCAGCUAUUCUUGCAGCUGAAGUCUCUGCUGAGAACAGAGUAAGUAUUUCAGUCAGGGAAGUUUCUCCAGUCAGAGAUCCUUCACCUGUUCAACCUGCAUCAACGGCUCCUGUCUGUGAAAUUCCUCCUUCCAAACCUACAGAGUACAGAGUUUGUACUCUCAGUUACUCUAAGAGGAUGCACAGAGCUCCAAUUUCCUCUGUAGAUGCCAGACUAUCCUCUAUAGAAUUCACUCAGCAAUCCAUGCAGCAAACUCUGGCUGAGUUGAGCUCUUCUGUUGCUCAACUGGUGAAAUUUCUCAACCCCAAUGAUGUCAAAAAGGGGGAGAAAGUACUAAAAGACAAAUGCAAGGUUGAUCAGCAACAGAGAAAACCUGAUGAUGAGGAAGAGGAUGAAGAUAAGAAGAAGUCUGAAAAUUUAAACUCUGAAAUAAUCUUACACUCUCAGAGUCAAUCUGAAGAAAAGAGGAGUGAUAAGGCUGGAAGCAGUUCUCAUCCAUCUCAGAAAACAAAAUCUCAACCUCUGAUACCAGCUGACAGUAAAACCAGAGCUCUCUCUGAGCAAUUAAUUAAGCUUGGUAAUCCUGAAUCUAAGAUUCUGAGUCACACAGUAAAGUUUCAGGGAGAGGAAACAACCUUCUUCUACAAGGCCCCUACACAACUGGAUUUUGAUGAAGCAGUUGCAAAGAACUUAUUUGAAGAAGAAAAUCCAGGAGUGUCACUUGAAGAUGCUAGAAAAGAAGAAGAAAGGUUGGCUGCUGAGAAGAACAAGACAAGAAAAUCAAAGUCUGAUGAAAAGGAAGCUCAAACUGAUCAUCUAAAAGUAAGCUCUGAUGGCAAGAAACUGGUCACUAAUUCCUCUACAAGGAAAUUAACUUCUUCAAGAAGAAAAGGAAUUGUGAUCAGUGAAGUUAAUUACUCUGAUAUCAAUAGGCCCAGAGUUUAUCAGAAGAAGUCUGAAUCUGAUUCCAGUGAAAAAGGGAAAAAGAUUAUAGAUGGUGCUCCAUCUAAAAGGAAGGCUGAAUCAGAAGUUAACCAAACUCUUGAGAUCAUUCCUGAGUCCACUGAUCUGAGUUUAGCCUCUGACAUUGCUCAAGCUGAAGAUGUGAAGAAAGAAAAGCUGAAGCCAGUUGAAGACAGAGCUACCUGGAUCAAGUCAAUCUCUGACAAGGCUCAAGUUGACACAGCUGAAUCUAAGAAGAAGAGUUUAUUUGGAAGCCUUGGUACAGGUCAGUACAAGGAAAGCUCUUUAUUUACUCAGAUCAGAGCAAAAGGAACAAGAGGGAAAGAAGCAAGAGACACUACAGGUCUGGGUCACAGAAAGGAGAAAAUACAGACAAGUGCAGCAACUAACUUCAGAGAUCCAUUUCCUUUUACUAAAAAGGCUGGAGAAACUGUAACACAGGAAGACCUUGACAGAAUAGAAUCAGCACAAAUUCUGAUAGACACUCAUGAUGGACGAGAAGACAAAGAAAAAAUUGCUAUAUUUUUGGAAUCUGGCAGGGUUUACAGAAUUUCUGAAGCUGAUCUACUGUUAAAAUCUCUGAGGGAACUUGAGCAUAUUCACUAUAUGCUUGAGAUAAAGAAUGAAGCAUCCAGAAGAUGGUCUGACAGAAUGAAGAGAACUAUCCAAGAGAAAAGAAGAUUCUAUGGGAUAAGUUCUGAUGCUGAAUAUGUGCCUAAGAUAACCUUGGAAGAUGGUUCAGAGAUUGAUAUGGAGAAAAAUAGCUCUGUUAUGGAGACUAUUGCUGGAACCAGAAUUCUGGGUUAUAAUAAUGAAGCUGAAAGACCAGGAGCCAUUCAGUUGGGAGAAGCAAUGAAGAGAAAUCAGUUACUUCAUGCAUUUGUCCUUGAUUGUUUUUGA